UAUAGAGAGAGUCCUAUUACCAAUCACAUCCAUGUUGAACAGUUCCUGGCCCUAUCUAGAAAAUAACAGUUGAAGUCUGGUAGAUCUAUUUGAUGAGAUAAUGUGAUUACAUGCACUGUGCACUAUCAUUUUCUGCCAUUCCUUCUUAGCUAGUAAGUAGUUAGAUGAUUCGGUUGCCAUUGUUCUUCCAGAAUGCUGUCAAAAAUUGCUCACUUCAGGCUGCUACCAACGAGCAAAGAAAGGCUGAUGAAAAAGUAUUGAAAUUGGCUGAAGAACAGAAGAAACAAAAGGAGAACCUCCACAAGAAAAUCAUUCAACUGGAGAAACAACUGGAUGCCAAACAAGCAGUAGAGCUUGAAAUCGAGCAAUUGAGAGGCAAAUUGAAUGUUAUGAGGCACAUGGAAGAUGAAGAUGAAGGUGAUUUGGAAGUGCUGGAAAAAGUGGAUUCCCUGCUCAAGUCACUGAGGGAAAAGGAAGGAGAACUUGAAGAUGUGCUGGCAUUAAAUCAAACUCUGGUAGUGCAGGAGCGCAACAGCAAUGAUGAACUGCAGGAUGCUCGUAAAGAAUUGGUUAAUGGCUUGAAAGAAUUAUCAACAAAUGGUCAAAUUGGUGUGAAGAGAAUGGGAGAACUCAACAGCAAACCAUUUCAGGAAGCAAUGAAAAGGAAGUAUAAUGAGGUCGAGGCAGAUGAAAGGGCAACAGAAUUGUGCUCCCUGUGGGAGGAAUACCUUAGAGAUCCUGAAUGGCAUCCUAUAAAGGUGGUUGAGAUUGAUGGGAGACAUCAGGCAGUAAUCGACCAAGAGGAUGAGAAGUUGAAGGACCUGAAGAAUAACUAUGGCGAUGAAGUGUAUGAUGCUGUGACCUCUGCUUUGACCGAGAUAAAUGAAUAUAACCCGAGUGGGAGGUAUAUCAUUUCAGAGCUUUGGAACUAUGCCGAAGGUAAGAAAGCUACUCUGCAGGAAGGAGUUGUUCAUAUGAUGAAUCUAUGGAGAACUUACAAACGAAAGAGGGGAAUGGAUUGAUCGUUGGAUGCCCUUAUCUGUGUUUUUCAUGUGCCAUUCUAUAGGCACACCUUCAUUUUAACUACCGGAUAAUGAAUAAUUGUAUUAGGUUAUGUAUCGUUGUAUCGGAGACGGAGAUUUAACUAUCGACUGUCAUUUGUGCCUGUUGAUCUCUUGGCUAAUAGGUAAUGCAUUAAAACUUCUUAUCUUCAA